AUGACCCCUGAGGCGAUUCACGACGCCCUUCAGCAGCGCUUUGGAGAGGCUGUUACGGCCUUUGAAGCCGACGCUAUCGACCCGACGGUAACGGUCGAGGUGUCCGCCAUCCACGACGUUGGCGCUUAUCUGCGCAGCGAGCCGGGCAUGAUGUUCGAUUCACUCAUGUGUUUGAGCGGCGUGGAUUAUGGCGCGGAGAAGAGCAGCCUCGGUGUCGUCUAUCAUCUGCACUCCACCGCGCUCCGGCACACUAUCACCCUGCGAGUGGAUGUGCCGCGGCAAGACGGCGUAGUGCCCACGGUAUGCGACAUCUGGCGCACCGCCGAAUGGCACGAACGGGAGGCAUUCGACCUUUUCGGCAUGCGUUUCGACCGGCACCCCGACCACCGCCGCAUCCUGCUGCCGGAUGACUGGGAAGGUCACCCGCUGCUCAAGGAUUAUCAGGUCCAGGAGUUUUAUCAGGGCAUACCCGUUCCCUACGAGGGUGACCCCGCCGGAGAUCGGCAUGGACGUUUAUCGCUUUCAGGACCGCGAGGACCCCGCCUAAACGAAGGACUUAGCCGUGCUGCAAUACUUUCGGAACAUCUGGGAAGGCUUCUGGACGCCCUUGGUGGGGCUGAGCAUGACGUGGCGCAAACUGUUCGUCCCGGCCGUUACCAUGCAAUACCCGGAGGAGCGCUGGGAACUGCCGACGAACUCCCGCAUGCAACUGUUCGUGAACAUGGACGACUGCAUCGGCUGCCUGCAGUGCGAGCGCGUCUGCCCGGUGCAGUGCAUCAGCAUCGACACCGUCAAGGCGGUGCCCGACGAGGUCGAAGCGACCACCACCGGCCACAAGAAGCGCCUGCACGUCACCAAAUUCGACAUCGACAUGGUCAAGUGCUGCUAUUGUGA